AUGGCCGAUAUUUCAAAUAAAUGUCAAGUCGGAAUUCUUGAAUGGUUUGUUCGAAGAAGAAGUCUACAUCGAAUAACCACCCGGGUACAUGAAAAUCGGAGAAGAAAAAAAGGUGCUGAAAUUGAAGAAGGCGCUUUACGGGUUGAAGCAGCACCGCGUGCAUGGAAUACUCGUAUCGAUACAUACUUCAAGGAGAACGGGUUUGAUCAAUGUCCCUAUGAACAUGCCCUUUAUGUGAAGAACAGUGGAGGUAAUUUGUUAUUUGCUUCUCUUUAUGUUAAUGACCUUAUUUUUAUGGGGAACAAUGAUGAGAUGAUACAAGAGUUUAAGAGCACAAUGACACGAGAAUUCGAGAUGACAGAUCUGGGUUUGAUGAAGUUUUUUCUUUGUCUGGAGGUAAGACAAGGAGAGACAGAUAUUUUUGUGUCACACGAGGUAUAUGCAAAGGAGAUUUUGAAGUACAAGAUGGAAGAUUGCAACCCGGUAUCAACACCAAUGGAACCGGGUGCAAAACUCUCGAAGUUCGAUGGAGGAGAACAAGUUGACGCGAGCAAAUACCGAAGUUUGGUGGGAAGCCUUCGCUAUCUCACAUGCACAAGGCCAGACCUUUCGCUAAGUGUUGGCAUUGUAAGUCGGUUCAUGGAGGAGCCAGUUUAUUCACAUUGGAAGGUGUUGAAGCGAAUCCUACGGUAUAUCCAAGAAACAGUGUCACUCGGGUUAUUCUAUUCAAAUUUGAAAGUUUACAAGUUAAUUAGGUACUCCGACAGCGAUUGGUGCGGAGACUUAGACGAUCGGAAAAGCACAUCGGGAUAUGUGUUUUUUAUGGGUGACACAACAUUUACUUGGCUUUCAAAGAAGCAACCGAUUGUGAUGCUCUCGACAUGUGAAGUUGAAUAUGUGGCAGUGUCUUGGUGUGUAUGUCAUGCAAUAUGGCUCAGAAAUUUUUUGGGAAAGUUGGAGCAACAACAAUUCAAUGCGACUGUGAUACGAGUUGAUAACAAACCAACAAUUGAGUUGGCAAAGAACCCGGUGAAUCAUGAGAGAAGCAAGCACAUUAACGUUCGCUUUCACUUCAUCCGAGACCAUGUGAAGGAAGGAAGUGUGGAAUUAGUACACGUGGCAAGUCGGGACCAAGUCGCGGUUAUCUUCAAGAAAUUGAUCGGCAUGAAGGAUAGCAGAAGCAUUUGA